AGUUGAACACAACCUCUGCGAGGCGAUACGAUGAUGUCGGAGCCAUCUUCCCGUCCAUCCGGUGCUCCAGAAGCACAGGGAGAGCUGGCAAUUCAAGGCCAAACCCUAGAAAACCAGAUCGUAGAACGGAUCCCCAGUUCCUCUGAUCCUCAGAUUCAAGAAUGGGAGACCAGAGCUCGAGCUUGGCUCUCUACGUUGCCGAAGCGAAGGAGCGUGAUGAUGAGCGAGAUGGAAGCUUGGGUUGAUUCUAAUCAGGUCACUCUACCUCCACAACUUAUAUCAUUGCCCCGACCACAGCUCUAUCAGCGCAUUCUAUCCAUUCACAAGAUCAUGCGACAGUCCAACCAGGCAAUGGAAGCUAAUCGGGUUGAGCCUCUGGCAAGUCGUUUUCAACGCACAGAUCAAUGGAUUCCAGUAUAUUCCUGGCUAGAAUCAUUGGAAACAAAGGAGGUAGUCAAAUCUAAAGAAAUUGAUGAAUGGCUAUCAAAAAAUCCAAAGGUCAAGGAGCAGUUGUAUGCAAGACAUUCUCGUUAUCAUUUGAUGCACUACGUUCAGAAAUGCCAUUUAAAGAUGUUGAAGAGACGGCAGAAGCAGAAGGGAAUCCAAUACUCAACCCCAACAUCUCAAGUGAAGAUUCAGGACAAUGUGGUGACAACAGCAGUUCCUCUCUCUGGUAUGGCUAGUUGUCUGUGCUAUAUGUUACUGUUUGAUAGUCCUAACAAUUGUGAAAUCUAAUGGUGUCAGGCUGUA